CAAUAGAAGAAGACCGUAGAGCCGGCUCAAAACAAGGAAGUGAACCAGGAAGCUUCUGAUAACUAUUAUAAGUUAUUAAGUGUGUUUUAUAGCAGGAGGACACUCGUGGGUUUACUCAUGGCCGACAUCAGUGGAAAUGUCAACCGCAAUGGUGUAGACGACGACGACGACACAAAUGGCCGGAGUGUCCCCGGGACAGACGAGGGUCCACCGGCGUGUCUUGGCAGCCAUGGACGCAGUAAAAGACUAAUCUUACAUGUGGAUCUGAACAACACCAUUCUGGUGUCAGACGCCGCGACGGGCCAAGGAACUGUUGCUGCUCUGGACUACUUUAUGACGACUGUCACUUGGGGCAAAAUGAACAAAGGAAAGUGGGAAUGGCUUAGUGACUCUCCCUCCCUGCUGCCACCAUGCGACGACGCCACCAGCUACUACUCUCAGUUUGGAUCUACUCACGGCUUCACAUCAGCCGCAGGUCGGCGCUUCCGUGGGAUUCUGAAGAAGCAUCUCAAACUGCUGCGCUGGCCUACGGGCUUGAAGGGAGACCGAGAUCUGACCAUUAAGGCCGAGGAUGGACACCUGUACCACUGGAUCCUUCCCUCCUUUUUCCAGCUGCUCAAAGACCUGACCCAGGAAGGGACUCCGUUCACCGUCCACUUCCGUACAUUUGGGUGCGACCUAAUUCGUGUGCUGAGUGCUGUGUCCAAAGCUGUGACUGAAGGAGCUCAUCCUCUCUUUCCUGACCUCCCCGACCUGAAGUUAAGCGUGAACAAGACUGCAGGCAAGAUCCGCUGCAGCACCAAAGAAGUUGUUCUGGCCAGAGGCGGUGAGCGGCUGUCGAGUCGCGACGGAGAGAGAAGCCUGUACGAGUACUUCAACGCCGCUACCGGGCUGGGCGGCUUCCAGGACGACUAUGACUGGUGGCUGACUAACAACCAUUCCGCCCGGGGCGGAAAACCUCUGUGGGUGGACCCCUUUGAUGAGAACGUUCAGCACAUCUUCAUCGACGACAACAUACGACAGAACGAUGAGGACACCGUAGUGCAUCCCAAGGUUUUCUUGGCGCCGGGCUCGGCCGACACACGCACGGCUUCCAUCUCCGAGCUUUACGACGUGGCCCUGAUCCAGACCGACCUCCUCAAGGCCGUCUCUGAGCCAGACUACUUCACCCGGCGCGUCCGCAUCUGCCAGGAGAACUACAAGAAGAAUGUCCUGCAGGGUUCGGGCUAGUCCCCAGCGCACUUAUCCGGUCCCGAUGAACGCCACAUCGGGUACCUUUUAACUCAGGGCUGUUAGAAGUUUCUAGAUAGGAUCGUGUUACAUUGUGCGAUGGAGAGUUACUUCCUUAUGCGAUGACUCCAUGAUUUGAUGGAGUCUAAAAGAACAAAACAGAAAAAGGGUUCUGAACUAUACUUAUUUGAUAAGUAGGAUAAAUUAAUUAUAACGCAAACUAUGCCAAAAGUAUUUGAAAAUAAUACACAUAAGCAACCUAUCAUGUGCAAGCCAGACCAAAGGGCGUUACUGUCGCGCUAUUAAUAACCCAAGGCCACAUCAGCCAAUCAGAAGUCAUGUGCGGAAAAAGGUAUGAUAUUAAUAAUGACAACAUUAAUUGUCUUUUAAAUAAAUAAAUGGAUCAUACUUGUAUGGCGCUUUUCUACCUUGAAGGUAGUACUCAUAGCGCUUUGACAUGAAAUGCAUGUACCGGUAAUGUCUUUAUAAGCCCUUGUUGCGUCGGACCAGUUCUUCCUCCAAGGGAAUCUAAGUUACUGGUCAAUCCCAAGUUCUUUCGAUGACAUAUAUGCUGAGUAAGAAGGACCAUCAAGACAGAAUUGGAAUAUUUUCUAGUUUAUUCCAAAGCUUUGGGAGACCAAUUUAAUACAUAAUACAUUCGUAUCGGCUGCUCUAGUUGAUCUGGCAUUCAAACGGAAAGAGACUACUUCUUGAAUCCGCAAACAGCCCCCACCCUCUCCAGAAAGGAAUGCAGGCUCAUUGUUCUACUACAGAUAAGAUAUAAGGGAGUACUCCAACUCCUACAUUCCAAGUCUUCAAGGUAACACACACAGUUUACUUGAAAAAAUAGAAAGAGUACAAAUGAAAAAACACUAGCUGAUUCAAACAUGACUAUGAAUAAAGAAAUAACUCUUAAACAUAUAUAUGCAUUCUCCACACCCUCCACACAGCUUUCACACAAACUUAUCUUAUGUUCUUCAAACAUUUCAUUUGUGUGUUAGUUGGUUAGUACACUUCAAUGGUGUCAAAGGCCAAAAUACAACAUGCAUUACCAAAUUCUGUAAGGCACAGGUGUCAAAAUCAAGGCCCGGGGGGGGGCGCCAACCUCAGGCCGUUGGCCUGCUGCAAUGCAAGCAGCCCAUAUUAUUAUUGCUCAUACUUCAACUUGUAUUAUUAUUAUUAUUAUAGUUCCGCACAAUUACGCUUACGCUUAAUACGAGACGAACUGGCCAAAGACCCCCCACAUAUGUUAUACCGUCAGAAAGGUCUCCUUCCUGCCGACGGUUCCGCAGCCAUACACUUUACAUCUGUGUUACUUGAUAUGUGAGACAUGCUGACUGUUAGCAUGCUAUCGUUAGCACACAUGCUAAGUUUUAGCAUUUAAAUGUGCACAUGCUAAUGUUUUAGGCUCAUUUUGUACAUACAGUUACACCUAAAACUCACAGCUUCGGACACUGCGCCAUCUUCAAAGUACGGCGGCUUCCGACCACCCCCAGCCACAGGUCCAGGGCACAGAUAGCAGGCCCAUCAAAAUUUUCACGGGAAUUUUCUAGUUAAUUCAAAUGGUCUUGAAUAUUAUUCCCACCUUUUUUUUGUUUAAAUAAAAAUAAACACUGAAAUAUUUGCUUGACUUGCGAUUUCAAAGCAGAUUAUCCAUUCAAUUGUACACUGUAAAACUUACAAUACAUUUGACAAUAAAAACUAGCAAUUCAGUUGUAAGAAUUUUACCCUAAAAAACGGGUAAUGUUUUUCAAUUUACAAUAAUACACUAAAAACAAGCAUGUAUUUUACAAUAAAAUAAACAGUGGUACAAUUUUUCCAUUUACAGUUAAAAGAAAACAGUAUAUUUUACGGUAAAAAAACAGCGAUACUGUUUUUUUUUAUUUUACAGUAAUACACUGUAAAAACAACAAACAUAUAUUUUAAGGUAAAAAAAAAAUGGUACUUUUUUUACUUUUCAGUAACAUGCUGUAAAAAACAAAUGCAGAUUUUACGGUAAAAAAAAACGGUAGCUCUGUCUCCUGAUUAUUACUGUGCAAAAACAGUGGUAGUGUUUUUCAAAUUAUAGUAACACACUGUAAAAACAGAAAACAUAAGAUUUUAAGAUAAAAAACAACAACUGGCAGCUCAGCCGCUAUAAUUUUGGAAACAAAGUGGCUGCCCAGUUGCCAGAAGUAUACUGUAAACAAAGACUGGUGUUGUUUUUCAAUUUACAGUAAUGCUCUGUAAGAACAACAUUAAUUGAUUUUCCUCAAAAACUGGCCUCUCAGUCGCCUGAAUCUGGUUAGAAACAACAGUGGGACCGUUUUUUUCAUUUAAGUAUAUGCUGUGAAAACCACCGUAAAUUUUACACUAUAAUUCUGGUGACUGAGCUUUUUUUUACCGCAGAAUCUUCAGAUUAUUUUCACAGUGUAUGUAAAAAUAUAUGUAAAGUCAAAUGUAUAGACAAUUGUGUAACAAUCAUCAGAUGAACCUCGCAUAUUUAAAUGCAUUUAUAUUCUACAAGCAGCCAUAACUGCGAUGUGGCCCUCAAUAAAAACGAGUUUGACAA